AUGGUCUAUGAGGGACGCUUGGAUGGUCACCGGGGUGGCGUCACUGCCCUCUCUUUCUCCGAGGAUGGCAAGCGCCUUCUUACUGCAUCGGAGGACCGGACGCUUCGCUUGUGGGAGCGCAGCGAGGACGAAGGUGGCGAGGGCUUUGGAGGUCCCUCCAAGGCCUUUGCCCUGAAGAGGACGCUGCGGCACAGCGACGUCGUGUCCGCAGCGGUGCUGGAGAAGGGCGGCGAUUUUGCGCUCUCGUGUUCCUGGGAUAGGACAGUGAAGCUCUGGAAGCUGGACGAAGAGGACGAAGACCCUUGCUUGCGCACGAUGCGCGGCCACAAGCACCAGGUGAACGCUGUCGUGUGGUCUCCCGAUGUGCGUGUGAUCGUCACGGCCUCUUGUGACAAGCAGCUCAAGAUCUGGAACAACCUCGGAGAGUGCAAGUUCUCCCUCCAGUACAACGAUGGUCACGAGGACUGGGUUUCAGCGGUUGCCUACGGUGACGAGUGCCUGCUGUCCGCCGGCUGGGACCGCACGGUGAAGCUCUGGAACACCAAGAACUUCAGCAUGGAGUGGGAGAUGAAGAAUCACACGGCUCCUGUGCACGCAGUGGCCAUCGCGCCGGAUAGCCGCCAUGCAGCUUCCGGCGGUGCAGACCGCACUGUGCUCGUCUCGGACCUGAAGGAGAAGAAGGUCAUCGGUGCUUGCGAGGUCGAUGGAACCAUCCGAUCGCUGGAUUUCCACCCAACUGAAGCAUGGCUGGCAGCAAUGGUGGAGCUGCCGACGGGCGGAGCUAUUUGGGUGCUGGACGUAAUGGCCCGGACCUCCGUGGCGAGAUUGGUGGCACCAUCAGGUGCCAAUGCGUGCCGGGGCCUGGCUGUGAAAUGGGAUCCGAAAGGCACGCGCGUCUUCGGCGGCUUCUCUGACGGUUCCGUGCAAGUAUGGCGGACACCUUCGCCGGCUGCAGCGCCUUCCCGCAGGUGA